GCUUGUUUACCAGUGAGACAGAUUGAGACAGUGAGUCGAGGUGAUUGUGAAACUCUUUCUGGAUUGAGUUUCAGUGUUUUCCCUCUUUAGUUUGUGCUGCUCUUCAGGAUCAGUCAAACUCUUUACGAAUGUUUCAGAUAUGUUUCAGACGGUUCAGUUCCUCUUCUCUUCUGGACUUGACAGACCCAGUAAGACCAGCAAACCUCCCACCACCAGUCUAACAGACUGGACUCACGGUUCACAUGAGUUUCUCAGACGUGUUAGGCAACUGAGUGGUCUGAGAAAAGAUGAGGUGUUUUAUAACCUGCGUGUACCAAACCAGUCCGAGGCCACCGGAGACGAGAUCAACCUGGUGUUGGUCACAGGUCACGGCCUGUUUUGUAUCGAUCUGAAGACGUGGAGCGGUUCUGUUUCGGUUGAGAGUAAGAUCCACUGGCAUCUGCGGGUCAAAACAAAGGAGCAGAACUUUAACAACAUCUCUAUUCAGCAGGUUCCUGAUGCUCUUCAGACCGUCACAGUGAAGGCUCGUAAUCUCCAGGCUCACAUGAAGCGCUGUGGGCUGAACAUUCAUCCGGAUCUGUUUUUUCCCAGAAUCCUUUUCUUGUCUCCAGACUGCGUGCUCAGUGAAGAGUUGAGAAAUAGAAGUGAGCUUGUGUCCUGCCGUGAUGUCGAAGCUCUCUUCUGCUCUCUUAGAGAAGGAUUUACAUCCUGGCUGUCAGAUGUCUUCACCCCAUCCUGGAUUACAGGACAUUUGUCCUUCAGACAGAUGAAAGGUGCACGAGAGCGACUGCGUGUGAUGAGGACGUGGGAUCUUCUGCAGCUGUCCAGCGGUGAGGAGUUGAAGGGAGAUUAUCAGGGCUGCCAACACCUCGCUGUCGACCGACAGGAGACCGACAUACUGGAGUUCAGCAAAGAUCGAGCUCUUCUUACUGAGACACUGUGGAGUCUGCUGGGAAUCACAUCACAGGUGACUGUCCGGAUGUAUAAGCGUGGAGCUGAAGGAUGGCUGGGUAAACCGCUCAUCGCCACGGCAACUAUCCCUUCCACCACACACGUGAUGUUCAGAAUCAGCGGAGAAGAAACAGACGCUCAGUUUCCAGCUAAAACCAUCAGCUGUAUCACACUGAGUAUUUGAAGAGUUUGUUUCCAAACUUUUUUAAUUUGUCAAAAAUCUUGUUUUUAAUGUGCAUUCCAGUUCAUAUCAAUCAAACUGCAGUUGGUUUGUUUUGAUUUAAGCCUUCAUAACUAGAAAUACAGCCAAGUAUCACAAUUAAAACACAAUAACAUCAUAAUAAACUUGUUUUGAAAAUAAAA